AUGCCGUACAACGACGACGAAUGGCAUGGCCGAGAGAGCGGCUGUGAAAAGAGGGCUCCUCCAAGGCCCUCUCUUGAAGAAGUCCUUCGGCUCGUGGAUGCUCCGGAGAGGGUAGAGAGACGAUUGCGGAUGACUGAUGACCAACGCAUCCGCUGCCACAAACUGCUGGAGGGAUUCGCUCGCACAGCCUACAGAGUGCUGGAGGACGAAGGUUGUGAAAUUGCAGAGGGCAUAUAUGUUGGAGGGUCCUUUGGGCGUCGAACAGCGCUCAACUACAAGCUUGAUGCCGAUAUUGUGAUCAUCGCGGAGGAUUUUGACGUGCACCAGGCACAGCAUGAUUACAACAAUGGUGCACUCAACUGGCACCAGGGUAUCGUGCUAGACGGCCUUCAGCAGAAAUUCAGACGCGGGUGCGAAUAUGUAGCUGGCUCGCCAUGGUGUUUAAAGCUGAAGGCCGGAGAGUUCUUGCGUGUCGAUCUGAUCAUUACUGGGAACCCAGAAUGGACACAUGAACGUCACAGGGGCUUCUCGGGCGCAGAUUCUCAGAAUGUUGAUCGGCAGAUCCUUAGCUUCGCGAUGAGACAUCCUGAGUAUCGUGCCCUGGUCCUUGUCGCAAAGCAUUGGAGGAAUCUCGACAGCAGGGCAACUGGUAUUACAUCAUACCACUUGGAGUUACUAUGCAUGGAGGCUGUCAGGCAAUGUGGGUCCAAUGUGCGUGAUCAAUUCCGGUGCCUACUUGAGCGCUUUGCUUCUGGAGACACUGCCGUCAACAAUCCAAACAGAUUCAAUCCGAAAGUUUUAGAGUCUGGGCGACGAGUUGCUGCAGACUUGGCCGAUUAUGCCGCAGAGACACUAGAUUAUUAUCGCAGGCAUCUCCGUCCUGGCAACCGGACAGCAUGUCCUCUUUGUGGCGAGCGCCGUUUCCUCAACGGCAGUGGGGCCGUGGCCCACUUGGAGUCUGGAAGCUGUGUGAAGUGCCGCGGCCAAGAAAAUGCCCAGAAGACCAUCUACGACUUCAUGGGUGGAAGCAGGCAGACGCAGCAGUACUUGACGCCAAUGAUCACGAAUGGAUCCCACGGCCACGGGUCCAGUGGAUACCAGGCAUAUCAGUGCACGCACUGCGACAGGACCUUCGCAAAACUUAGUGCGCUGAUGCAGCACAUGCAAGACAGACACCAGAAGACUUUGCACGCCUUGGGGUUUUGA